GCUCUCGGCGGCUGCCCGGGGCUCACCGCGCCGCCGCUGGGCGCUGACUCAGCCGCAGUUGGGCAGCUCCGCGGAUCAGGACCUGGAGAGCGCGCGCCCCGGAGCCGCCGGGGAAGCACCGCAGCGCUUGAGACUCGGGUUUCCGGAGCUGGGGGGCUGACCCGUUUGGGUCCCCGUGCGCACGGGACUCGCCUGGCCAGUCACCUAUGGCUCUGCUCUCUGAGAAGUCACGCUGACUCAUUGGCUCUAGCUGUGAUGUUCUGCUGUCCAUCUUGGCUGCCGGAACAGCUCUACCCAGGGUCUUCCUGAAGUGGCAACCACUCCAGCUGGCAGGGGUAGAAAAUGGUACCAGUCGGGCCGGAGCCCUGGGAGCCCACAGUCACAGCUGCAGGAUGGAGGAACCCACUCCCGAGCCAGUCUAUGUGGAUGUGGACAAGGGGCUGACCUUGGCUUGCUUCGUUUUCCUCUGCCUCUUCCUGGUCGUCAUGAUCAUCCGCUGUGCCAAGGUCAUUAUGGACCCUUACAGUGCCAUUCCCACGUCUACCUGGGAGGAGCAGCACUUGGAUGACUGAGGCGCAGGACGCUUGACGGUAUCCUAGGAUGCACCUCUUCAUACCCUGGCCGAGGCCCAACAAGCCCUUGGAGGCUGGGAGUGGCUAUGACCACUCAAGGAUGGAGAAGGCUCGCCUUCAUCUUAUUGGUUCUCCCAUGACCGCCGGAGGGAAAUGCCAGCAUGCUGGAGGCAAGGCAGUUUGGGGAAGCCUGGGAAGGAUGCUAAGCCAUGACUCGGGCAAGUGGGGUCUAUUCUGGGACUCCACUGGGAGACUGCAGGGUGAUGGUACCCUGUCUAGGCUCCUGCACAUCUUUGGAAAAUGAACAAAGAACAGACACAGCAAACAGUGGUCAGGGGGGGACUGCCCUUCAAAUACACAGCACAGAGAGGCUGCUGAGCACCCAGGACUCUUGCCCACAGCCUAGCAGCAGAGGGGCAGGAAGAUUGGAAAAUUCAGGGGGCUUCUCCUGCAAACUCUCACAAGGCACACAGCUACUUCCAAACAGUGUUUCUUUUUUUAAACUAAAAUAUAGAGGGGUAUAUUUUUCCUGUUAAGAAUGAGAUGUGCAUUUUAGACACUUGGGAAAAUAUAGAAGAAAUAUAAAUAUAAUAAAAGAAAACUACAGAUAGAAGGGAGGGAUGUGAAAAGCACUUAUAACCCAACUUCCCAGAAGCCAUCAUUUUGAUAUACUUCUCCAAGUCUUUUUUACAAGAAACUUUUUUAGUAAUUCACACCGUAUGCAUGAUGCUGCAUUGAUUCAUACGACAGCUCAAAUACCUUCUGCCUCUCAAGAUACCAUGGCUGGUUUCAGUGACUGAGAGAGUACUGUCUAGGUCAUGACUGAAUAUAGUUCUUUUCUUUCUCUUUAACAUUUCCACACUGUUCUCACCCAAACUGCUUCACCCAGCAACCUUCAGAAGCUCUGCCUCCCAGGAGCUCCAGGCAAGAUCUGGGUUCUAGUACUGCUUCAGCUGCUCAAAGGUUGUAUGAUCUUGAGGAAGUCACCUCCCCUCCAGGCACCUCAGUUUCACCACGGUAAAAUGAGAAGGGGGAGUCUGCCUGUCUGUCAGGGAACGCAGCCAUGCUACCGCGGGAGCUGAGACUAGGCUGCUGCUGAUCGCUCUUCUCUGGUCUUUCCUCCGUCUUCUUCCUUCACCCUCUUCUCCCACACACUGUCAGACAUCUGUGACCUUGCUGCAAGGGUUCUAGGUCAGAGCCCACAUCCCCCUCCCAGCCUCCACUCCCGUGUUCUUGUUCUAUGACCCCUCAAUAGAUCAGCACCUGUGAGCGCCAACUUCCUCACCUAUAAAAUAGGGGAUCACAUCUACCUCACACGGCUGUUGUGGAGAGAAGACGGAGGAGGUGAGCAAACAGGGGUAUCCCUUCCAGAAUCUCUCACUCUAGGGAAAGAACCCUGCCUUCCAAGAGCCAGAGCUCCCAGCCAGUGCCACUAGCCUACGGGACAUUCAUAGCCACCUCUUUGACACAGGACACCCCAGGGGUCUCCCCGCUCGCAUGGUCGUCACUACCGUCAGUGUUAUUGCAUAUGUGAGGUGCGUCUAUUAUGUCCUUCCAGGGUAGGACCUGCUGCCCUAUCAAAAGAGACCUGUGCUGUGGCCCUUCGACCUCCCCUAUCACCUACAUUGGAGCCAUGGGUCCCCAUGCACCUCAGGCUGCUAGGUGAUCUCUAAAGGUGGACAGAAGGUGUUGAGGUGGCUUUCCAGGGCAUGUCCAGCCUCUCUCUCUGUCUCUCUCUGUCUCUCUCUGUCUCUCUCUGUCUCUCUCUCUCUCUCUCUCUCUCACACACACACACACACACAGAGUGGGAUGCACAAAGGGACAGCUGGCACAGGCUCCAAAUGUGGCUAUGAGGCAUCACCUUCAGCCAAGCCCUUCCUCAGAAACCUACCUCACAGACGGGCAGGCAUUUCUGCAGGAACCUGUUAGGAUGGGUUUGCAAAGUCCGCCAGGGCCUGUUCCCAGCUCUUAAUGACAGAGCAACAGAAAUUGAGGAGAGCUCUGAAGACUUGCUUCUGGACCUCUUCCUUCUGGAUGGGAAAAACGGGAUGCCCCAGGCUGUGUUCCUCAGACUGCCUGCUGAGGGAAAACCACACCUUCUCAGGAGGAGCCUGCUAGAGGCUUCCCUUUCCUCCUCAUGCCUACAGACUAGGUAAACUAGAAUCAGACUAGGCAGCCUGGGCCAGACCCCUGGAUGACAGCGCAUCCCUGUUGAGAGGCACUGCUGGGGCUCCUGGUCUCAGACAACGUCCCUAACCUAAACGCCCUAGUACUUUUCACCUUAUCUCUUUGUGCUGUUGUCACGGCGGCACAGGGAAAGAAUGUUUGAGAAGAGAGGGGUGAUUUUAAAAUCCACUCUGCCCCUCCAGAAGCUUCCGACAAGCCAACAAAGCACCCUCCCUCCUCAUAUUCAUCCUCUCGCCAGCUGCCCUUAAGGACCUUUGGUUGUGUAGCUUCGGAUGCUCACUCAACCAGAAUCACUUCACAAGCAGCUUCUCACAUUGUUGCUUCUUCUCGUUUGUGUGACUGUGUGUGUGUGUGUGUGUGUGUGUGUGUGUGACAGAGAGAGAGAGAGAGAGGUGGGUGCAUGGCGUGUGGGUGCAUGGCGUGCAUAUGUUCUGGUGUGUGAAUGUGUGUGUGCACUGGCCACAGUGCGCGCGUGAAGGUCAGAGAACAAUCUUGGCUGUAGGUCCUCCCCUCCCUUGUUUGAGACAGUCUCUUCUUUGUUCACCAUUUUAGACCCCAGGUUGGGUGGCCCACAAGCUUUCAGGGAUUCUCCCUUCUCCACCUGCCACCCCCCACGGGAGUACUGAAAUCACAGCUGUGCACUGCUGGCCCCACCCGCCUUUGCACAUACGUUCUGGGGAUUCAAACUCAGGUCCGCACACUCGGACAGCAAGCAGUUGGCCUCCUGAGCCAAUCUCCCAGCUUCCCCCACCUUACCAUGUUUAAGGUCUGUUUUUAAACGGAUCCCCUUGUGCAUGUACAUAGCACUGCAGACCACGACAGCAAAUACGUUGCUUUCUUUUUUUCCCACUGUACAUGUGCUGAGAAGGAUAGAUAGAAGUGGCUGGGCUGAGCCUGGGGUUGGCUCAGGAGGAAUGAGAGCCAGCUUCUGGCCAGAAUGGAAGGGAGGUCCCCAUCUCUGUUGCUGGGUCACGCGAAGGCAAGAGAGAGGUAGAGAAUUUCAAGGUUUUCUUCUCUCGUCCUUUCUGUUUCAAAGGAUGGAGGAAGUGGUCCUUUAGUGACCAGAGCACCUUCAUCCGUUUCUGCUAGCUGAAAAAAAAAAAAAGCCUGUACUUGUGGGUAGAGAAGGAAACACUGCAGCAAAAUAUCAGGCUGCAGGCCGGAAGAGAGGAAAUGAGGAGAGGCUGGGGAAAAGGAGAGCUGUGGAGUCAGCUACAAGCCAGAGAAGCAGGCGAACUCUCAAUGGCAGGGAAUGGAUGACAGAAUCUCCAGACGAAGGCAUCUAGUGGCUGGGUUCUGGUUGCUGCCUGUGAUGUGCUGUGUGGAAGUCCCUAGGUGUCACCUCAAGCUCUUGGCAAAGGCAGGUACACAGUCCCUUCACGCCUGUGUAAGCUCAACAGUGGGUCCAUCUCCGUAGAUGGUCACAGAGAGGGCCCAGGUGGCCCAGAGACAAAUGGGGUAAUAAAAAUAUUCAGAAGCAGAAAAUCCAGAUGAUCACCACCGGAAGGAAGUUGGUCCCUAGGCAUGCUUCGAGGAUGGAUGUGACGGAUGUGGGCGGCGGGACCCAGCUGCCUGAGUAUGGCAUAUAAAUUGCCAUCACACCAUUUUACUUUUCCAAUUGAUUUUCUUUUUCCCCUUUUUUGUUUAUUUAUUUUUUUAAAAAACUAGCCCCCCAUGUCCUUGCUGGAAUGAAAAACAAGUGGCUCUUAACCCCCAUAACUGCCCCCGCAAGACCCCAGAGGUUUUCGAAAGAGGCCACUCCUGCUUUCAAGCACCAAGUGGAAAUAAUUGCAAAGUCUUUUGUCCACAAAAACGGGUCCCAGUCCCGUGGUCUUGCUGUUGGGGAUUGGUCCUCCUAUGUAGGAUGGAUAAUAGCCGUAGUAGUCCCUGUAGCUGAUGGCCCAGGCUGCUGGGAAGUGAUCACACUGAACCUCUACAUCAGUCCUGGCACAGAUAUAGACAGGCAGCAGUUAUAUACCUGCUCCUGUCCUUCUGCACUGACUCCGUGAGUGCUUGACAGUCAUCUCCAGAGACCACAGAACCCUAGACCUACAGAUGUAUCAGUGAUACUUGGGCUCUAGAGUGAGCUCCUUUGCCCCUGUGGGAUAUCAGUAAUCCCAUAGCUUCGAGUCUAUGGGAAAAUGUUGCCGGGACAGUGUGGCAAUCCCCUUUUCAGUAUACUGGUUCACCUAAUAAGCCCCAAAUGGCACCAAAGCCAUCUUCCAAGUUACCAGACUCCCACCAUGUUCACUGGUGGGAGCAUUCAUUCUGAGUCACCACGGAUUCCCAAUCCAGAGCAUCUACAGUCAUUAUAAGAGUGGGAACAUUAAUUUCACAAAUCACAACCCCUCUAGCUGGAAGAUACAUUAACACGGCCAUGACAGAAACAGCAUGGGGGUUCCUUAUGAUCUUAAAACUAGACAUGCCAUAUGAUCCCUCACUGGGGCUUAUUGGCGUGUCUAAAGGAAAUGAAACCAGUGUUUCUAAGGACUCCAAUCCCACAUUGAUGGCAGCACCAAUUACAAUAGCCAAGAGCUGGGAAGCUUAUCAAUAUUCAUCAAUGGAUGAGCGGAUGAAGAAAAUGUGGUACCUAAGCACAGUGGAGUCUGAUUCAUCCAUAGGAAGGAUGAAGUCUUGUCAUUGGGACAUGGAUGGAACUGGAGCCAAGUAGAGAAAAGCAAGGCCUCGUGAUGUUGCAGAUGGAGCCAAAACUGUUGCUUCCCCAGAGCCCAAGAGGAGAAUGGUGGUUAUCAGAGACUCGGGGAGGAGUGGGGAUCCUGGUCACUGGGUCCUAAGGAAAUAAGUUCUACUGUAUUUCUAUGCUGCAGACUCAACGGAGCUGGGAGAAAGGCUUUUGAAUGUUUCUACCACAAUGAUGUAAUGUUUGAGGUGAUAUAUAGGGUUACCUGAACUUGGCUCUGCACAAUAUACACACAUAUCAACACAUCCUAUGAUAUGCUGUAAAUAUGUACAAUUUGUGUAUCAGUUUUAAAAAAUAAAUAAAAUAUAAAAGGCA